GAGACGCCUCUCUCCAUCCAGACCAGCAGGGGGCAGCAGCGGAGCAGCAGCAGCAGCAGCCUCCUUGAAGCUGGUACAAGGUGCGGCAGAGAAAAACAGAGGGGACACCAUCGCUAGCUCGCGGCUAGUUCGCCUGACGUUCAUGAUUUCAGUCCCCGCUUCGCUCCAAAAAAACAACAACGUUGGAUGCGGAUGUUUUUUUGAAAGUGCGAUGUUUUAGUAGAUGAUUAGUUUGUCCAAAGCGUCGACGAGCGGCUGAAACAGCAGCAGGGGUCACAUCCACAUCUUCACCCUCAGCCGAAGCUAACGUCAGGUAGCUAAUGCUCGGAUAGCUAGCGGACUAGCCAUCACCACUGUGUUAACGCCAAGACCCACAUUCGACUCCAGCGUUGCGAUGGCCGAUGUUGACAAGCUGAACAUAGACAGUAUCAUCCAGCGUCUCUUAGAAGUCAGAGGAGCGAAGCCUGGCAAGAAUGUGCAGCUCCAGGAGAACGAGAUCCGCGGGUUGUGCCUCAAGUCCAGGGAGAUCUUCCUCAGUCAACCCAUCCUCCUGGAGCUGGAGGCCCCGCUCAAGAUCUGUGGUGACAUCCACGGGCAAUACUAUGAUCUGCUGAGGCUGUUUGAGUAUGGAGGCUUCCCUCCAGAAAGCAACUACCUGUUCUUGGGCGACUACGUGGACAGGGGGAAGCAGUCUCUGGAAACCAUCUGUCUUCUGCUGGCCUACAAAAUUAAAUACCCUGAGAACUUCUUCCUGCUGAGGGGAAACCAUGAGUGUGCUUCAAUCAACAGAAUAUAUGGCUUCUAUGAUGAGUGUAAAAGAAGGUACAACAUCAAACUCUGGAAGACCUUCACAGAUUGUUUUAACUGCCUCCCUAUCGCCGCCAUUGUUGAUGAGAAGAUCUUUUGCUGCCACGGAGGACUGUCACCUGACCUUCAGUCCAUGGAGCAGAUCAGACGCAUAAUGCGCCCCACUGACGUGCCUGACCAGGGUCUGCUUUGCGAUCUGCUCUGGUCUGAUCCAGACAAGGAUGUAUUGGGCUGGGGAGAGAAUGACAGAGGUGUAUCUUUUACCUUUGGCUCAGAGGUGGUGGCCAAGUUUUUGCAUAAACAUGAUCUUGAUCUGAUCUGUCGUGCCCAUCAGGUUGUUGAGGAUGGCUAUGAAUUUUUUGCAAAGAGGCAGCUUGUCACUUUGUUCUCAGCACCCAACUACUGUGGGGAGUUUGACAAUGCUGGUGCUAUGAUGAGUGUGGAUGAGACUCUCAUGUGCUCUUUUCAGAUUUUGAAACCAGCUGAGAAGAAGAAGCCCAACGGCAGCCGUCCCGUAACUCCACCUCGCAACAUGGUCACCAAGCAAGCCAAGAAAUGAGGGGCCGGGUGUGGAGGCAAAUGUCCGGAGUCUCACUCCUCUGUUCUGCUUUCGUCUUCUGCAUUCGAAGGAUUGGUUAUCCUUCAUGCUGCCAAUACUGAAAAGAUAGCCACUCCUACACGAUGGAAGCAAAAUAUUUUUGUUGUUUUGUCCACAGGGGUAAAUUGAUAUGUCACCAUGAAAACCUCAGGUGUUUUGCACUCCAUUUUGCAGCUAGUCUUUGCCACAUAUGACUGUUCAAUCAGGAAAAAUAUAACAAUAUGGCUACUUAUGCACAGGAAUGCCUUGUUUGAAGCUGUGCACAAUUUUUCCAGUUUGUUUCAUAUUUUAUUUGUUUGUCACCUUUUUUCUCAUUCUUAAUAAAGUGUAUUAAAGGUUAUAAAAACCCAUUGGGGAAAGUCACAAACACCUGUUUACUUCUAUAAAACAUUAUUUACAGUUAUUUUAGUCUGUUGUAGAACAUUGACUUCACAAUGCAUCAUCACAUUUUUAAACAAGUCUUGUGCUAAAUUAAUGAAUAAGAAAGCACUCUUGUAAUGUCUAAAUCUUUCUAAUAAACUUUGAGUGUAUUUUAGGGGGAAA